CUACAGCCAGCACACAACACCCAUAGACAGAUAGCGAACACCAGAGAUUUCUGUAGAGCCAGCGACCAACACAUCAUGCUAGGGAGAAAGAAGAGGCUCGAUGUUUGGGCGCACUUUAAAUACAAUGACACUGAAAAAAAGUCUGAAUGUGUCAUUGUAACUGAUGGGAAGCAGUGUGGACAAAAGAUGUCGGGGAAAAACACCACUAACCUGAAGCGGCAUCUUAAGGCUAACCACCCACAUAUUCAGAUUCCAGAUGUGGUCAAGCAACCAGCCAGGACUGAGGAGAGGCCAUCUAUGUCAGGUGCACUCUUUUCUCACAUCAAGUACAAGCCAGACUCCCGGGAACAACACAUUAAAGAGGAGGCUAUAGCUAAAUGGGUAGCCCGGACAGCCCACCCUCCACGGACAGUAGAAGAUGAGGAAUUCAUCAACAUGAUGGAAAAAAUAGAUAAAAGACUGACCGUACCAAAAAAGACCAAAAUUGCAAGUCUAGUGGACCAAAUGUACCUAGCUGAAAAGGUCAAAUUCAAAAACAGACUGGCUAUGGCCCGCAAAGUGACCAUUGGCAUAGACAUAUGGACUAAAAAGGGGCUCACAGCCUCCUUCCUUGCUGUCAGUGCUUGUUAUUUCAAUGUUCAAGACAGUAAAGCUGAACACAUACUCCUAAACUUAAAGCAAAUGGUUCACCCACACACUGCUCAUUCUAUUGCUACCCUUGUGGAGGAGUGCACAGAAGAAUGGGGGAUCCCAAAGGAAAAAAUUCUCAUGAUUAUAACAGAUAAUGGAAGCAACAUGGUUUCUGCAUUUCGCCACGAAGAAGAAGACACCAGUUCUGAUGAGAGCAAUUCCCAGGAUAGUGAUGAAGAGGUAGAGGCAGAUGAAAGAUAUGGAACCUUGGAGAGGACCCCAUGUGUGGUCCAUACCCUUCAGCUUGUCGUCAACAUGAUCAAGAAGGAACAAGCAAUCAAACGUCUACUGGACAAGGUCCGGCAUCUGGUGAGACAGUUUCGCAAAUCAUCUGUUGCCACAGAACGGUUGCUGGAACAAUGUGGACGCAUUCUCAUCAAAGACUGUCCAACCAGAUGGUCCAGUUAUUUUUUGAUGUUGUCUCGUUUACUUGAAAUAAAGGACCAUGUGACAUCAGUGGCUGACACCAUGGGCUGGGAUUGCCUACUUCCCAGUGAAUGGCAGAAGGUGGCCAUCCUCAAAGACUUGCUCCUUCCAUUUGCAGAACACACAAAGGUGCUUGAAAGUGAUACAAGUUGUUUCUCCCUGGUUGUGCCUGCACUACUGGACUUGAAAAGCCACCUUUCAGACUUCUCCCUUGUUCAUGCCAGGAGCUACAGGGAUGUAGCUACACUGGCACAGAAGAUGUCUGCAGAUAUGGAUCUACGCUUCAGCUGUUUCCUGGAUGUGUCGGCAAGCAAGUUUUCUCCUCUUGCUGCAGCUGCUUGUUUUGUUGACGCCAGUGUGUCAGCAGAGGCCCUUAUCGAAAAUGAUAAUGACGACAUACAGAAUCUCCUCAGUAAAGCUGAAGAGUACAUCACUCGCAGUGUACCAUACCAGGAAGAGGCGACAGAUGAUGAGGACAUUGGAAGUGCAGAGGUCUCAGAUGCACCUCUGCAAAAGCGGCCUAGAUUCAGGUUUUUGAGUGCCCAUCGGCCAUCAAGGCCAAAGACCUCCAAGACCUCAAUCAGACUAGAGGUACAAAAAUUCAAAGAAGCCCUGUCCCAUGCAAACCCAGACAAUUCGGGCAUGGAUUUCUGGUCUUCUCAAAGCUCCACCAUGUUUCCACUGCUGAAACCUCUGGCAUUAGACCUUCUGGCAAUGCCAGCUUCCGAAGCCUUUGCAGAGCGAGUCUUUAGUUUAACUGGAGAUCUUUCAAGUGGCCGCCGCAACAGAGCAAGAGUUACAUUAGAAAGAAGUGCUUUUCUAAAACUUAACAAAGUCUAGAGUGAUUAACUGCAUACUGUUUUGGUUAUAGUUUGGUUUAGUUUUUUUCUUCUGUUUUCACGUUUAAUAACCCUCAAUUCAAACACACACUUUUUUCUAGCACUCUACCUUGUAAUGGAUUUUGCUUACUGUUGCAAAUCUUGCCUUUGAACUUGAUUGUCUAAUUGAGUGUUUAACCUCAAGUGGAAGUUUCAGCAGCUGUAGUAACAGCAGAAAUAUUCAUUGUUAAGCCUUGUUAAAUCUCAUUUGAUAUUUCAAGACCAACCUAGUAAAUAGGUUGUAUUUUAGACCUACAGUACAGUACAGUGGGCCUAUUGUUUUCAGUUUUUCUGGGUAUGCUCAUUUUAUUUUAUAACAGAAUAAUGAGACACAAGGCAACCAAAACAGUUCUAAAAACCUUUCUAACUUGUCAGUCGGAGUCUGUUA